AUGGCCAACGGCUUUGAUAAGCUGGAAAAGUUCUUCAGUGUGUCGAGGAGAAGAGAGAAGACAGGGCAGGGUGCCGCUCGGAAGAAGGUAUCGGUCGUCAGUCCGACAAGCUCAUUUCCACCGGCUAUCGAAGCCCAUGUAUUUCCCUCGCCAUCAUUCAUGCGGCCGACCUCCAUGAGCAUGGAAGUCCGAGACCCAAUCGUUAGAAACACAUCGCUAUUCGCUUUCGCUGAAGAGAAGGAACGGUCGCAAAGCCUCUCCGGUAUGCAGAAUCAGCUACGAAGGCGGUCCUCAGCAUACAUGACCCGGACGGAUGGCGAAUGGAGACCUAGAUUAUAUGGUUCGAGUCCUCUUUCCUCAGUCGCCUUGGACGAAGAACAAGGUCGUCAAGACUGUUCAUCGACCCCGCGGCUGUCCCCGUUUCGCUUUCCCGAGUGUGCACUUUUCAGACAAGACGAAUCGCACCAGCGUUCUUCAGCCGAUGUAUGCCCACAUGAAAAGUCUCGAGUUGAUAACCUGCCCAGAAUCGUGGAGCCCGCAGCGAAAGAGACAAAGUUGUUGGAUUGGUCUCCGAAACAUAUAUCACUAUUGUUCAACCCACUCGAGCUUCCUUCAAUGACCGACACCACAGCUUCACGGCCACCAGAUGAAGCAGAUGCCUCGGUGGUUUUGAUGCCUUCGCCUUUGCUCAUCCGCUCUGUCAAUUCAACCCCCGAAAUACGGCAUGGUAAAUCCCGCAGCAUUCGUAAUGCGCACAGUCGUUCCUCAGCUGGGAGACCAGAACCCAGAUUUUCUUUAUUCCCCAAGCAGUACACCCCUACCAAGAACCCGAUCCAAAUCCACUCACCGCCCGCAUCUGAUGGCGAAGAAGAGCAUUCGUUGACAAAGCGGGGUCGAUCACGGUCGACGACCACGUUGGCGGCUUCAUCCCAGUACUCCUCGCACUACAGCCCUAAACCGUCACCGAACUUAGCACCACGGAGCGAUCCGUCAGCCACGGUGGUAGAGCCAAAGAGUCUACGCGAGACUUGGGGGAAUAGGCUUGAUGAUCCCAAACUUGAACGCCUAGACCUCAAAAACAUUGACAAGAUCCCACGAUCUCGUAUGAAGAGGCCGCCAAGUAUCCUAACGUUAUCGGUCAUGACCGCGGAUAUCGCAAAGCAGAACAUUCUGCAAGAACCUACGUUCGAUGAUUUCUAUGCCCUGAGCGACGAAGAUAUUUCUGAGAUUCGACCAGCUACACCUAAACCGAACUUGUGGGCGCCGCCAUGCCCGCCACCAAAAGAUAAACCGAAGCCGCCACCGCCCCGAAAGCUUGGGGCUGCCGUCGCGACACCUUCGAUGCAAACGGUAGCCAUCAAUCCGAACUCCGGAGACGUCACUCCUCCAGACACGCCCACGGAUGCUCGGUUUCUGACUUUAACGCCACCUGCUACUCCUUCAGGUGCCCUGGGAGCAAUUAUGGCGGCGGGAAUUGCGAAAACGUACAACUUUGACCUAGUGUAUGUCAUUAGCCUGUGGCCAAGUGGACAAGGUAAUCUAUUGGAUCCUUCACGGCGACCAUCUGCCAGGUCAUCACAGCGACCUACGCGCUCCGGGGGCACAAUGGUUGCGCAUCCAAACUCCGAGUUUUCUGGAAGGCUUAUGGCCGCAUUCGGCCUGAAUGAAGUGCCCUCGCCCUUCAGAAUCCCCACCACCGUCCAACUCCGAACCCUCGACACGCACGAAUGGAGAGAGUACGGAAACCCCACGGCAAAGCCUGAGGAGUUUUCUCGCGGCUGGACAUGCUCCUUCCAUAGUGAUCAUGUGCCAAUGGCUCGUAAUAGCCUGCAAGCCUCCCCGGAUAUUGUCAUGAAUCGCGGCAUCGUCUUCGCCGCUUACACCAAACGGAAUAACGAGGCGGCGGUUAAACUCAAGUCGAGGGCGGAGAAGGACCAGUUCUUGGAUAGGCUUCACUUGGACGCAAAGACACUCGUGGAUGCUUUGCUCGAUAGGAACGAGUAGAGCGGGAAUACACAACCAUGAGACCCUCCGCAUUCACCAACGCCGCUUCGAUUCAGAUGGAUACGCAUGCCAAUUAUAUUAUACGAACUGGAAGUUUCAGCGUCCUCCGGUGCACACUUUGGUAUCGACUGGUUGCCAGGGAUCCUUCGACGCCGUCAUUUGGUCGUUCAUACGGAUUUAUCUUAAGUACAGGUUUAUGGAGGAUGUGAUUACAAGAAAAAAUAGCACUACGCUAAUGAUGUUUGAUGCAAAUAGCGACGAGUAAUUGGAGGACAAGACGGAAUACCGAUUCCUGGGGACAUCUAUGUAGAUGAUGACGCUUGGUGGUGGACUUUCGCUUGGCCUGCCCCUCUUUCUUAACACUCAACUUGGCUCACGCUUCAGUAUUUAUGUACUUAGAUG